GGAUCCAGGCUGUUAAAAAUUACUGAAGAGUGUAAGCCAGCUUAUUCUUAAAAAAACAUCUCGAUUAGGUGUAGAAACUAAGCUUGUGUCUGGUGGGAGGGGGAGCUGGUGAUAACUCAUAAAAAAUGAAUCUAAACACUUUCAUUUUGUUCUGCCUUCUACUCAACAUUUGUGUUAUUUUUGGUGCAAGAAAGAAUAAGACACCAAACAGGGUUUUGAGAAGGAGGUUCCGUCAUGGAGGACGACAACAAGCUGGCUAUGUGAACCGUAACUCAGGCAGACGAUACAAACCCAGACGGCCACACUUUGCGGCCAAGGUUCCAACCAUUAAUGCAGAUGAAAGCACUUUGCCCUUCAUUGACUCAUAUAUAAGUGUUGAUGAAAUUGAGCCCGGCUACCAGAUACUACCAGGCAGGCAAGGGCACUGCAAAGCCAAUGGGAUGAUCAUGUAUGACAAUGCAAUCUGGUCUCCCAAACCUUGUCUAACCUGUCUAUGUUCAAGGGGAAAAAUAGUUUGUGAUGAAAUGAGCUGCCCUAAUGUAAAAUGUGCAAGGAGCAUUAUACCAACAGGAGAAUGUUGCCCAAUUUGUACUGCAAAUGAGCCUAAUGAUUCAAGUGAAACAUAUCCUGUAAUCUUCAACAAUCAGAAUUUGCAGUUAGGACAAGAGCAACUAAGGAAACAAGAGAAAGAACUGGAAGAAGACGAAUUACACAUAAAUGAUACGAAACACAAAGAGAAUGAAAAUAUUAAUGAAGAUGAAACAAAACAAAGUGAAUUGGAUGAAGAAAAUAUGAGACAAAUAGAAGAGGAAGAGUUACAAAUUGCACAUGAAACGGAGCAGAUACCUUUACAGAAAGAAAACAAGGAAAGUAAAGAAAAGGAAGUAAAGCAACAAUUGGAAGAAAUACAAAAUAAUUCCAGCACCAUGGAAGAGGAAAAGCAGCAGCCUGAUAAUCAUAUGUACAAUAAUAGUAAUGAACAAGCAGAGCACCAAAAUAUGGAGGAGGAGGAAUGGGAGGGACAAAAGGAAGAGCGAGAGAUGGAGAAAAAGCACAAGGAAACAGAAACAAGAGAGGUGUUGGAGGAGCAAGUGAAGAGGAAAGUGGAUGAAGAGGGGGAAAUGGUGGAAGAGGAGCAAGUGGAGGAGGGGAAAACAGAGGAAGGGCUAGUGUUGGAAGAGGGGCACGUGGUGGAAGAGGGGCAAGUGGUGGAAGAGGGACAAGUGGACGAAGAGGGGCAAAUAGUGGAAGAGGAGCGAGUGGAGGAAGGGCUAGUGGUGAAAGAGUGGCUAGUGGUGGAAGAAGGACAAGUGGAGGACGAGGGGCAAGUGGUAGAAAUAGAGGAGUCAGAAGAAAAAAUAGAGAAAGCAGAAGAACAAGUUGUGGGAAAAAAAGAGCAAGAAGUGGGGAAACAGGAGGGACAAGAAAAUAUACAAGAGGAAAAGAAAGAAUGGGAAGAGGAGGUGAAUGUGGAAGGUUCGGCAGAGGGAGGGUUGAUGGAGGGAAGAGAGGCACAGGGAGGGGAGGCUGAAGGAAGGGAUGUGGAGGAUGAGAGGGUAGAGGAUGAAGAGGACAAUGCAGAGAUGAUGGAGGAGGAGGAGGAGGAGGAGGAGGAGGAGGAGGAGGAGGAGGAGGAGGAGGAGGAGGAGGAGGAGGAGGAGGAGGAGGAGGAGGAAGAGGAGGAGGAGGAAGAGGAGGAGGAGGAUUAUCAAGAUAUUUUUCAGUUGCCAUCAUUUCCUUCCAUAUUACAAUUGAUUUCAGAUCAGCUCAAUGAGUACAUUCCAAGAUUUUCUUUCCCUGCUGGCUGUGAUUUGGCGGAUAUCACUAUAAACUGCAAUAAUGCAAAGUUGACUGAAAUACCUCCACUAAUGGAUCUGGGGAUCAAAUAUCUUCAGCUUGCAGGAAAUUCAAUCACAGCUAUUCCAGCAGAAGCCUUUAAUGGGUAUCCUAAUCUUGAAUUAAUUGACCUCAGCAGAAACAGGAUUCUUUCAUCAAAUAUAGACCAAGCAGCUUUCAAAAAAUUAAAAAAACUGGAACGCCUAUACUUGGAUGGAAAUUUGUUACUCCAGAUUCCUCCUCAACUCCCUCGAACACUGGUAGAACUAAAAGUAAAUGAAAACCUUCUUCAACGACUGGAUGAACAAGCUUUUCAUGGUCUAAGUAAAAUAGUCAAUUUGGAGCUGGAAGGAAAUAAACUCAGUGAAAGUAACAUUCAACCCCUCGCCUUCAGACCACUGAAGCGACUCGCUUACUUGCGACUGGGAAGGAAUAAAUUCAGAACCCUACCCCAAGGUCUUCCUCCUUCCAUCGAGGAACUCUACCUUGAACAUAAUGAAAUUGAAGAGAUAUCUGAAAUAAGUUUGAAUAAGACAACCAAUUUGAAUGUAAUUGUUCUAAGGAACAACAAUCUUGAUGAAACCAGAAUAGCACGGAUGGCUUGGAUAAUGCUUGAGAAUCUAGAAUACCUGGACCUCUCGUAUAACAAGAUUGUUCAUGUUCCAUCACUCCUACCGAAGGGUCUGCUCUAUCUUGUCCUUGUUCAUAACCAGAUCGAGCGAAUUCCAGGAUUCGUGUUUGCUCACAUGGAACCAGGGCUGGAAAUCCUGUACCUCUCUUUCAACAAACUAACCAGUGGUGGAAUUGACCCAGUUUCUUUCUUUGGAACUUUUCAUUCAAUGAGGGAAUUGUUUUUAGAUCAUAAUAUGUUGAAAAGAGUUCCAGCUGGAAUUGCCCAAAUGAAAGCACUUCAUUUCUUGAGACUGAAUGACAACUUCAUCAGGAAUGUUCAACUGGAGGCCGUCUGCAAUGUAAAUGAUGAAGAGGACUCAAAUAUUCGAACUCUUCACCUGGACAAUAAUUACAUAAAUACACGAAGAAUUCCACCAACUGCUUUCAGCUGCAUCGAAUUAUAUUCAGCUGUGAUCUUAACACCACAAAAGGUAAAGAAAUAACCAUUCCAGGUGUGAAAAUCAUUGUAAUUAGUAUAUCAUGCAAGAUUGAUAACACCCGUGGUUAAGAAAUAUUAUCCUUUUCCAAAUAUUAACAAGCAACUUUUUAGUAUAUCUGUAACAGUUUAGUGAAUUAACUAAACAUACAGUUUUUUACAGUUAUUAGUGAAUCCAUAUUGGGAAUGAAUACUCUCUGAAUAUGCCAUAAAUUCCAAGGCCAUCAUAAAGAUUUAUAUUAUUUCCCUUGGGUUGCGAGAGGUGUUCACCAUUCAAAUCUAGUCAUUCAGUAAACAUUAUAAAAUUUAAUAGAACGUCACUACUCUGACCAAGUCAGAAACAAACAAAUCAGUGCU